UACCCACAUUCCAUGCCAUCAAGUGCUUGCAAUCAGCCUAGAUACAAGUGUACUUUGUCCUCAAAAAAUGCAUCCAGGACAUGAUUGCACUAGCUAGACAGAUUUGGUGUGUGCUAUAUAGCCUGCUAGAGCUAGAUUACAAUAUAAAUAGAAACUCAUAUGAGCGUGCGCAUUCGUGUGCUCUGCUCUGCUUGCUGUCAAGUGUCUAUGGUCACCUCUCAUUGCAGCGUUGCACGAGUGCACCUACCCAGCAGCCAUGAUGCUUCUCUAGAUCUCUAGCUAUCUAUAAAGAUCAUCUUCUCCUUCUUGUUUGGUCCACACGCCUACAACAUAUAUACACGAUUGGUCGAACGGUGGACCAGCUAGCAAUAUCACCAUUGUUGCCUACACAUGCAUCUAUUAGUAGUAAGUUGAAAAGGUUGUGGGCUUGAUUUCAGUUUAUAAGGCAUCGAGCUCGCUUGCUAAGGUAGAUGCUAGCAAUGGAGCAGCAGCACCAUGAGCAGGAGGAGUCGUGUGUUCCCCCGGGAUUCAGGUUCCACCCAACAGAGGAGGAGCUGGUGGGUUAUUACCUAGCCAGAAAGGUGGCAGCCCAGAAGAUCGACCUCGACAUCAUCCAGGAGGUGGACCUCUACAGGAUCGAGCCAUGGGACCUCCAAGAGAGGUGCGGCGGCGGCAGGGGAGGACGAGGAGCGCGUCAGGCGCCGGAGGACGACCAGACAUCUUCUGAGUGGUACUUCUUCAGCUUCAAGGACCGCAAGUACCCGACCGGCACGCGCACCAACCGCGCCACGGCGGCCGGGUUCUGGAAGGCCACCGGCAGGGACAAGCCGGUGACGUCCUCGAGGAGCCGCGGCGUGAUCGGCAUGAGGAAGACGCUGGUGUUCUACACGGGCCGCGCACCCAACGGCAGGAAGACCGACUGGAUCAUCCACGAGUACCGCCUCCAGACAAACGAGCACGCGCCCACACAGGAGGAAGGUUGGGUGGUGUGCCGUGCGUUCCAGAAGCCAACCCCGAACCAGAGACCGUCCUACAUCUUCCCCGCAUACGCCGCCGCCCCGGGUCUCGGCGGCUACUACGACACGCGGCCGUGGCUGCUGCACGGCCAAGCCGGCGACCACCAUUUCCUGCAGAGCGCCAGCGGGGCUACGGGAGCCGGCGGCCUCGGUUUCCCCGGCCAGGGCAUCCAGUACUCUGACGACGUGCUGGAGUCCAAGCACAGUCUCUUGGGCAGCAUCCCGCAGCUGAUUGAGAGCCCACCAACGAUCUCCACCACCGUUGCUGGUUGCGGCGACGCCGGCUACGACAUCAUCCAGCAGGGAGAGGCGGCGGCUGGCAUCGACUGGAAUUUUCUGGACAGCCUGCUGUCCACGUCGCAGCUCCACCAAUACUCCGCUACUGCUGCUUCACACCUGCAGCUGCAGCAGUGAAGUAGAGUUAGCAGACAUACCGUAGCAUCAUCGAUUUCAUUGUAUACAUGAUUUGCUAAUUAUUAAUAUCACUGAGUACAGAUAGUAGAUGUGUUUCUGUUGCACUUGGAACACUUAGUUGACUCUUGUACCUAGUUAGACUACUCUGUUCCACUUACUGAAUCUAUGCAUUUUACUGUA